UGAAUGAAUCAGUAAAGACUGGUAUUAAAACGCUCCGUUUAUCCUCAAUAAUUCACUGUGUAUAAAUGUGUAAUUAUGUUUAGCAAACUAUUUCCAGCUUUCAUUAUAAAGUGUGGAUUUAAUUAUUCUUAAAACUUUGCAAGUUGUUUUCUCAAAGUCCUGAGUUAAAAACCCUCUAUGACAUGUACCGUAUGUAAAGGUGCCUGGGCUGAGGGAACUUCGUCUAAAUAUUAAAUUCAAAGUUACAAUGACUGGAACAGAUAAAACCAGAUAUAUUCUGCGUGUCGUUAGAAAAAUGAGCAGGCGAAAUUGUUGGAUUUGCAAGAUGUGCAGAAAUCAAUCUAAGAGGCUCCCUUCAAACCUUACCUUGGAGGAAGUGUUGCAGUGGGCCCAGUCUUUUGGCAACUUGAUGGCUACAAACUAUGGUCCAGUAGUCUAUGAAGCAUAUUUAAAAAUGGAGCACAGUGACGAGAAUAUUAAAUUCUGGAUGGCAUGUGAAACCUAUAAGAAAAUUGCCUCACGAUGGAGCAGAAUUUCUAGGGCAAAGCAGCUUUAUGAGAUUUACAUCCAGCCACAGUCCCCUAGAGAGAUUAACAUUGACAGUUCGACAAGAGAAACUAUCAUCAGAAACAUUCAAGAACCCACUCCAACAUGUUUUGAAGAGGCUCAAAAAAUAGUGUACAUGCACAUGGAAAGGGAUUCCUAUCCCAGAUUUCUAAAGUCAGAAAUGUACCAGAAACUUUUGAAAACUAUUCAGUCCAACAACAGUUCCUGACUACCAUUCGAAAGUUUAAAUUGAAAAUGAUAUAUUGCAACUACUGGGUUUGCUCUUUUAAUUUAGAAAAACAUAAAAUCAGAAACAAAGUAGGAAUGAAGCCAAAAUAAAACUAUAAAUUGAUUUCUAGUUCCCAAAUAGAUCUCAAAAGGAAUAGACUCUAGAACUCUUAUAACAUGAAUAAAAUCAUUUGCAGCAUUCCUAUGCAGUUUUGUUAAUAUAUAAGGAAAAAGUAGGUCUUUCUUCCUGACACAAACAUACAAAGUUUUUACUGUGGUAGUCAACUAAUAUAUGUUUUCUUAUUAAUAAAAUUUUACAGUCAUAAUGUACAAAUUAGUUCUUUAAAAAUUAUAACUAUAGGAAUUGUGUCUCUAGUAUGAA